AUCGGUGUUAUCGGCGUUAUCGGCGUUAUCGGCUGAAGCUAACCUGGCUAAGCGGCCAACUUUGCAGCGGGACAGACGCCGAGCAGACGGACGAGCAGCGCCAACGCGACCGCCACCAGUUGCUCCAAUCCAAUCCAAUCUCAGCCAACCUCCCCCCUCCCCUUCAGAGCUCCACGUGUGCGGGAGAAAGCGAUUACCGGGAUGCAGGUGCAGGGAUUGCAGCUGGUGCUCCUGGCCCUCCUGCCCACACUGACCCUCGGGCUGCUGGAGGGCCUGUACUGCGGCAAGGAGAACUGCUACGAUGUGCUGGGCGUGACCAGGGAAUCCUCCAAGUCGGAGAUCGGCAAGGCCUAUCGCCAGCUGGCCAGGCGCUAUCAUCCCGAUCUGCAUCGUGGGGCGGAGGCCAAGGCGACGGCGGAGACGCAAUUCAAGCUGGUGGCCACCGCCUACGAGAUCCUGCGCGACGAGGAGUCACGCACGGACUACGACUAUAUGCUGGACAAUCCGGAUGCGUACUAUGCGCACUACUAUCGCUACUACCGGCGACGCGUGGCGCCCAAAGUGGAUGUGCGCUUGGUGAUCGUCGUCGUGCUGACCAUUGUCUCCGUCAUCCAGUACUAUUCCGGCUGGCAGCGUUACGAUUCGGCCAUCAAGUACUUUGCCACGGUGCCCAAGUACAGGAACCAGGCGCUGGACAUUGCCCGCGAUGAGAUCCAGGAGCGGAUCCAGAAGAAGGGCAAGAACAAGAUGUCGAAGAACGACCAGCGCGAGGAGCUGGAGCGCAUCAUCCGGCGGGUGAUCGAGGAGAAGAUGGACGUGAAGGGCGGCUACGCGAAGCCGACACUGUGGGAUGUGCUGUGGGUGCAGCUGAUCAUCUGCCCGUACACGAUACUCUCGUUCAUCGUGUGGCACGCACAGUGGUUCUGGCGCUACACGGUGAUGAAGCAACCGUACGGGCGGGAGCAGAAGCUGCAUCUCAUCCGCCGGCACCUGGGCAUGGGACAGCAUCAGUUCGAGGCGCAGGAGGACAAACUGAUCGAGGAGUAUCUGCAUCUGGAGCUGUGGAAGCGGGACAAUUUCACCGCCUGGAAGGCGGAACAGGACGAGGAGAUGAAGAAGAAACUGGCGGAGAAUCCGCGCUACAAGGCCUACAGGCGGUACAUGAAGAACCAUGGACCUGGUCGAAUCACCUUCGAGGAUUAGCCGGCGGCGGUGGGAUGUUCCAACUUGUAUUGUUCCAUCUGGAAUCUGUUGUGUGUGUGUGUGUGUAUGUGUGCGCGCAAAACCGAUCCAUAUUCCUCGCCCUCGCCAAUCCCUACCGACUACAAUUUUAUUUAUAUAUACAUCUAUAUAUAUAUAUAUAUAUAUAUAUAUAUAUAUAUAGUUUUUGUACACGGACUAAAAUAUGAAUUAUGUUAAUGCCCCGGUGUUUGCCGAAGGGCGAAACGUUGACCCCGCCGGGAGUUAUCCGCCAAAACCGGUUCAAGAACGUGGCCAAGUUCGGUUCUCGCCGCCACAGUGGCCGCUGGCUAACGUGGACGAACCACCCUAGAACAAUUACCCCCCUGCCUGGUCACAAAAUCCACGUCGUACGCGUGUUUCCCACUAAACUUGACUAACCCGAGUAAUCUAAUAAACUAGAUAGAAUUUAA